AUGAAAGCGUGGGUAACUGAAGACAGAAAAGCGCGGGCAACUGAAGACAGGAAAGCGCGGUUGACUGAAGACGGGCAAACGCGGCCAAAUGAAGACAGGAAACCGCAGGUAACUGAAGACGAUAAAGCGCGGGAAACUGAAGACAGGAAAACGCGGGUAAUUGAAGACAGGAAAGAGUGGGUAACUGAAGACAGGGAAACGCAGGCAACUGAAGAGAGCAAAGCGCGGGAAACUGAAGACAGGAAAACGCAGGCAACUGAAGACAGUAAAGCGCGGGCAACUGAAGAGAGGAAAGCGCGGGAAACUGAAGACAGGAAAGCACGGGCAAAUGAAGACAGGAAAACGCGGGUAACUGAAGACGGGAAAGCGUGGGUAACGGAAGACAGGAAAACGCGGGUAACUGAAGACGGGAAAGCGCGGGCAAUUGAAGAGAGGAAAGCGCGGGAAACUGAAGACAGGCAAAGGCAGGUAACUAAAGACGCGAAAGCGUGGGUAACUGAAGACAGGAAAACGCGGGUAACUGAAGACAGAAAUGCGCGGACAACUGAAGAAAGGAAAGCGCGUGCAACUGAAGACGGGAAAGCGUGGGCAACUGAAGACAGAAAAGCGCGUGCAAGUGAAGACAGGAAAGCGCAGUCAACUGAAGACGAUAAAGCGCGGGCAACUGAAGACUGCAAAGCGCGGGCAACUGAAGACGGGAAAGCGCGGGCAACUGAAGACAGGAAAACGCGGGUAACUGAAGACAGGAAAACGCAGGCAACUGAAGACAGGAAAACGCUGUCAACUGAAGACAGGAAAGCGUGGGUAACUGAAGACAGGAAAACGCAGACAACUGAAGAUAGGAAAACGCGAGCAACUGAUGACGGGAAAGCGUGGGUAACUGAAGACAGGAAAACGCAGGCAACUGAAGACAGGAAAGCGUGGGUAACUGAAGACAGGAAAGCGCGGGAAACUGAAGACAGGAAAACGCGGGCAACUGAAGACAGGAAAGCGUGGGUAACUGAAGACAAGAAAACGCAGACAACUGAAGAUAGGAAAACGCGAGCAACUGAAGACGGGAAAGCCUGGGUAACUGAAGACUGGAAAACGCUGGCAACUGAAGACAGGAAAGCGUGGGUAACUGAAGACAGGCAAGCGCGGGAAACUGAAGACAGGAAAGCGCGUGCAACUGAAGACAGGAAAACGCGGGUAACUGAAGACAGGAAAAGGCAGGUAACUAAAGACGCGAAAGCGUGGGUAACUGAAGACAGGAAAACGCGGGUAACUGAAGACGGGAAAGCGCGGGCAACUGAAGACAGGAAAGCGCGGGAAACUGAAGACAGGAAUGCGCGUGCAACUGAAGACAGGAAAACGCGGGUAACUGAAGACAGGAAAAGGCAGGUAACUAAAGACGCGAAAGCGUGGGUAACUGAAGACAGGAAAACGCGGGUAACUGAAGACGGGAAAGCGUGGGCAACUGAAGACAGGAAAGCGCGUGCAAGUGAAGACUGGAAAACGCAGUCAACUGAAGACGAUAAAGCGCGGGCAACUGAAGACUACGGAAAAGCGUGGGCAACUGAAGACAGGAAAGCACGGGCAAUUGAAGACAAGAAAGCACGGGCAACUGAAGACGGGAAAGCGUGGGCAACUGAAGACAGUAAAGCGCGGGCAACUGAAGACAGCAAAGCGCGGUUAACUGAAGACGGGCAAACGCGGCCAACUGAAGACUGUAAAACGCAGGCAACUGAAGACGAUAAAGCGCGGGAAACUGAAGACAGGAAAACGCGGGUAAUUGAAGACAGGAAAGAGUGGGUAACUGAAGACAGGGAAACGCAGGCAACUGAAGACAGGAAAGCGCGGGCAACUGAAGACGGGCAAACGCGGCCAACUGAAGACUGUAAAUCGCUCGCAACUGAAGACGAUAAAGCGCGGGAAACUGAAGACAGGAAAACGCGGGUAAUUGAAGACAGGAAAGAGUGGGUAACUGAAGACAGGGAAACGCAGGCAACUGAAGACAGGAAAGCGCGUGCAACUGAAGAGAGGAAAACGCGGGUAACUGAAGACAGGAAAGCGUGUGUAACUGAAGACAGGAAAAAGCAGGCAACUGAAGAUAGGAAAACGCGAGCAACUGAAGACGGGAAAGCGUGGGUAACUGAAGACAGGAAAACGCAGGCAACUGAAGACAGGAAAACUCGGGUAACUGUAGACAGGAAAGCGUGGGCAACUGAAGAGAGGAAAGCGCGGGAAACCGAAGACAGGAAAGCGCGUGCAACUGAAGACAGGAAAACGCGGGUAACUGAAGACAGGAAAAAGCGGGUAACUAAAGACGCGAAAGCGUGGGUAACUGAAGACAGGAAAACGCGAGUAACUGAAGACAGGAAAACGCAGGAAACUGAAGACAGGAAUGCGCGGACAACUGAAGAAAGGAAAGCGCGUGCAACUGAAGACGGGAAAGCGUGGGCAACUGAAGACAGGAAAGCCCGGGAAACUGAAGAUAGGAAAACGCGGGUAAUUGAAGACAGGAAAGCGUGGGUAACUGAAGACAGGAAAACGCAGGCAACUGAAGACAGGAAAACGCGGGCAACUGAAGACGGGAAAGCGUGGGCAACUGAAGACAGGAAAGCGCGUGCAACUGAAGACAGGAAAACGCUGGCAACUCAAGACUGUAAAGAGCGGGCAACUGAAGACAGGAAAGCACGGGCAAUUGAAGACAAUAAAGCACGGGCAACUGAAGACGGGAAAACGCAGGCAACUGAAGACAGGAAAGCGCGUGCAACUGAAGACAGGAAAACGCGGGUAACUGAAGACAGGAAAACGCAGGCAACUGAAGACAGGAAAGAGCGGGCAACUGAAGACAGGUAA